AUGUGUGAUUCAAAGCCUCAUACAUGGCAAGAGGCUUUCAAAGUCCUUGGGAUCAAUUACAAACCCGAUGGCACUUUAAACAGAGAAAUCCAAAUCCCUAUGGUGGAUGCAACCCCAACUGCUGACCCAAAACAGCCUAAUCAGCUUGCCCUCUCCACAGAUAUACCCCUCAGCCCCAACAACAAAGCCUAUAUACGCCUCUAUAUACCCGCAAAAACCCCGACAGGCACCAAACUUCCACUCAUAAUCUACCUGCACGGAGGUGACUUCGUGUUGUUCAGUGCAUCCACUGUCAUUUUUCAUGAAUGCUGCAACAACAUAGCCGGCCAGUUCCCGGCAGUCGUAGCCUCAGUUGAAUACCGGCUGGCCCCUGAAAACCGCCUCCCUGCCGCNCAAAGGAAUGAGAUUUUGAAUAGAUAA